AUGUAUCUUAAAAUAGGGUGUAUUAGUACUGUAGUUGUUUCAUCACCUGAAAUAGCCAAAGAUGUUUUACUAAAAUACGACCGAGUCUUCUCCAGUAGAAGGGUCCCAUGUGCAGCCAUGUCCAACGAACACAACAAAUAUUCUAUGGUUUGGUUGCCAGCGAAAAAUCAAUGGCGUCAACUUCGCAGAAUAUGUAAAGAACAAAUGUUUUCAAUGCCAUUGCUGGACGCAAGCUGGGACCUUCGCCUAGAGAAAUUGCAGAAACUGGGGGACUAUGUGAAUCAGUGUUGUAUUAACGGGCGAGCUGUGAAAAUUGACUUUUUCCCACUUCUUAAAUAUUUUGAUCCCCAAGGAAUUUCGCGCCGGACCAAGUUUUAUCUUGAAAAAUUCUUUGCAAUAUUUGAUGGUAUAAUAGAUCAAAGGAUGCAAACAAGAGGCACAACAGUGAAAAAUGAUAUACUUGAAGCUCUCCUUGAUCUCAACCAAAAACCCGAGCCUGAAUUAAGCCGAGAUGAUAUAAAGCACUUACUGCUCGAUUUAUUUGUAGCUGGGACGGAUACAACUUCAAAAGGCCAUUCCUCUCAAGGCAUUUCCUAUCAAAUUGUGAGCUUCUUUUCUAAGUUGAAGAGUACUUUCAUAUUGCACGACAAACCAAUGGAGAUAAUUAUGGGGUAG